AUGGGACAACACAGUGUAUUCAUCGUACCCUCUGAAGAUAUGAGGGGUGUUGACAAUAACACCUGGCUCAAUAUAGGUACACCUGAGUUCUUGGAGGAUCCGGACAACGAUGAAGCUCACUGGAUCACCGUGAUCCUUCCUGCAGAAAUGAACGACACCCAUACCGAUGAAGCUAUCAUGGCUCAUGCGUAUCAGGUCAUCCGAGACCGACAAGCUGUCGUAAGCGAUGUGGCACAGCAUAACCUAGGGGUGGUUUGCAUCUCGAUCCCGGUCCCAGUUGAUGCUGCCACGGAUGAAAUGUGGGUUCGAGCCGAGGUCGAUGCGGGAAAGUGGCUCAUAGCGAUUCGUGAUGGGAUGGUUACUCUUAACCGGGAGCUGAUUUUUCAAGCGUCCCAGGGGCUAUUGUGCAGUGGAACCCUAGAGAGAAAGAGAUAG